AUUUAACACCGCAGACCCACCCCCGCGGGACCGGGCGCGAGCAAAUAUGGCUGGGACCCUCCUCACGAGGACCCUCGUGAUCCCCUCCUCUGUGCCCACGAGCCGCCCGCCUUUACAGUCCGGGGGCAGUGUCUGGACGCGCUCUCACUCACUAAAGACCGUUAGGAGCGCUCCGGACUCUCCAUGGCGUCCACCCCCUCCGCCUCGGCUCUGUCCGCGGUGCUCCGCUGUCAACGCAACAUCUGGCCGGCCCCGAGCGCGCAUCUGAGCGGGAGCACGGCGCGAGAUCUCCCGGUGCAGACGGGCUCGUUGUGGGAGGCUUUUACGCACGGAGAGCGGAUCGUCCUGGGGCGCCUGGCGCUGUCUUGUAACGUGCCAUGGAAAAAGAGACGCUCACAAAGGCUUUCGCAACCCACACGCGCGCAUACUGACGGACACGCGUCUAAAAAGACCGCCGUGUGCAUGCGCAUCUCGCUCCGCGCGCACAGGGCCAAAGUGGCGUUUGUUUGUGAGAGCGGCGGAGGACGGACACUCUCAGUUUGUCCACGAGGACUGGACACAGCUGACCGGGACAGCGCGUGGCUCUGGGCGAGGGGCGCGUGCGUGUCUAUGACGUCACUGCUGUCGCACUUUGUGUUGAACCGUCUGCGCGUGCUGUUAUGGACUGGGACAGGUCCCGAGGACGAGGGCACGAGCCGGAGAGAAGAGCCGCAGACACCAGGAGCAGCCGCAGACUCGUGCCCAGCAGGAGGCGCUGUGCGUGGGACCAAGAUCACGGAGGACAGGCCUGACUGAGUCCAAAGCUCCACUUAAACAAACUGUUUUGACAGAAGAGACAGACAGUCACAGACUUUAACCUUUAACCUUUGACCUCUGGGUACCAGCACAACCACAAACAAGUGACACAAAGUAUGUGUUUAUUUACACUCACUUAGGCCCAUGCUCUGCUACUGCCAUCUGCCAAAGUAAACAAAGGGACAGUUAUAUGUGGCUCUAUGAAUGGAGCUGCAUGUUUGUCAAAAUUUCUUUUUUUUGAUUAAUUUAUGUAUAAUCAGAUCAUUAUUUUGUCUAAGAACUGAUGAGUGAAAGGACUGGAUAAAAUGUGCCACAAUAAAAAACAGGCUAUAAACCGGUUUGUGCCAGAAGCUUCCUCUUGUGUUGCCGCGGUGUCCUGCGUCUGCUCAUCUGAGGAAAAUUGCAUAAAAUAACUUACUCUCUGCAGGGAAAGUCAUCUCUGUCUCCAGAUCUGAACUCGUCUUGGUCAGGACUCCCCACUUCCCACUUCCCCCAGCUCCUCUGGGGGGAACUGGAGGUGUUCUCAGGCCGGCCGAGAGACAUGGUCCCUCCAGCGUGUUCUGGGUCUGACACACAGGAAGGGCAUCUGACAAAUGUCACAGAGACAUAGUUUUAGUCCACCAGAAAAUCUGAUUGUAGGCAGAUGGUCCACAUGCAGACGUGUUGGUGGUGGUGGAGCUUGGAUUUGGUUUCUUUGUGGUUAGUCUGAAUAUGACAAAAAUAUUCGUAUUUUUACUUGAAAAUGCAUGUCACUUUAGUCAUAGUUUUAGUCCCUUUGAUAACGUUUUAUUAAUUUUUAUUUCAUUUCAGUCUGCAAAAAUAUGACAUUAAUGAAAACUAUGAUAAUGAAAAGAACCCUGAACCACUGCAGGGCUGGACUGAACUGGUCUGACAGGACCUUUCAGACGAGGUGCUCUGGUUCACUGCAGGCAUCAGUCUAGUGUCACUUUACACUUUUAGUUUCGGUGUCACUCCUGUUUUGACAAAAUCUACAGUCCUUGUCCUUGUUAAGUCCUGGCUUAGUCCUUUUUUAGUCCCGUUUUUGUCUUGCUUUAUUCUUUGAUCAGUCCUGGUUUAGUGUUUGAUUGAAUUGAAUUGAAUUAGUCCUGUCUUAAAUGCAGGUGAGAUAUCCAGAUUUAGUUGUAUUCAUGCAGCAGGAGCAGAGAAAGUGAAAAACUAUUUUCCUAACACCUGAUAUUUGAAUAGAAUUUGAAUGUGUUUUUAUAACAUGUAAAAUCCAAUGUGAACUUUAUCUUUUGCUAAUCCCGUCUGGAAAAGGACACUCUGGCACUGGACACAAAAGGCCUACAGUUCGAAUAUAUGUUCAUUUUAUCCAUGUGAGCUAAUAAUGUAUUGGGAAUCUUUGUUUAUCUUCAUCUGACACAAUUCCAAUUUGCAGUUUUCAAAAUCAGUCUUGUGAAAUACUUGAGAUACAGAAUCCACACUUUUUCAAUACUUUCUGAAAAUGUAAGUCUGGUCACAGGACACACAUGGUUCGUCUGUAUCAAAACAAAUAUGGCUUCUUAUGAGGAAAAAAGAAAGGACAAAAAUAUCACAGGACAGAAAAACAUGGAGGAUUUCUGCAGAAUAAAUGAGUGAAGCACUAAACUGUUCAUCUGAGGAGAGAGAAAUGUGAUUUUGUUUUGAAAUGAUGAGCUACUUUGUUUCAUGUGAAACAGAAAUAAACAAAUCUGAUUGG